UGUUGAGCGCGCGCGCUCUCCGAACCAAACCCGACAGCUGACGGAAGUGGCCGAACGCAGCCGAGUGGACCGCCACAGACCCGAACACCUAAAAAACGGACCAGCCGGGCGGCACAGAUCCAGAUAUCCGAGCAGUUUAAUCAGCCCAGCAACACCGCAGGGAUGACGGCUCUAAGCAGCUGGGAGCUGUGCGUCAAGUACGCCCUCUUCAUCUUUAAUUUCGUCUUUUGGCUGGCGGGUACCGCCGUGCUGGCUGUCGGCCUCUGGCUGCGUUUUGACACCAGGACAGCAGGACUGUUUGAGGGAGAGGACGCGCCCACAGUCUUCUUCACCGGUGUGUACAUCCUGAUUGCGGCGGGCGCUCUGAUGAUGGUCGUGGGCUUCCUGGGAUGCUGCGGAGCCAUUAAAGAGUCGCCGUGCAUGCUGGGAUUGUUCUUCUUAUUCCUGCUCCUCAUCUUCGCCGUCGAAGUGGCUGCUGGCAUCUGGGGACUCUCCAACAAAGACCGGGUGGUGGAGGACGUCACGGAGUUCUACAAACAGACCUACACCAACUACAAAGACACCAGACAGGAAGCGCUGAAGGAGACGCUGCGCCUCAUCCACUUUGGAUUGAACUGUUGCGGCCCGACGGGGACGGUGAUCGACGCCGCCCGAGAUAUUUGCCCCAAGAAGGAGGGACUGGAGGCACUUAUCACCACGAGCUGUCCGACCGCCAUCGACGAGAUGUUCAACAACAAACUGCACAUCAUCGGCGGGGUCGGCAUCGGUAUCGGUGUCAUCAUGAUCUUUGGGAUGAUCUUCAGCAUGAUGCUCUGCUGUGCCAUCAAGAGGUCCAGGGACUACGUCUAAAAAAAACCACCACCACCAGCACAACCUCCUCCUCCAUCUUUAACUUAUGUGUCCUCACUUUCACAACCUCUGCUUUUAGAGUUUGUUUCGGUUUAAUAAUCAUUGUAACGUUGCUUAGUUUGGAUCCAUACAGGAUGGUCCAGUCGACCCGUGAGAGUAUGGAAACCCGCUCCUAUACAAAGGGUUGUUUUGUUUUUGUUUUUUUAGUCCCGAUAUCUCGACUUCACAUCACACCGAAUCAUCUGCAGGAACAAGAGACUUUAAAAGACUCUGCUGCCUCCUGGAGGACCUUGAAGAUCACUAACUCUUUUAUUUCAUCAGCUCUUCACUGUUGGAUAAUCUUCAGUUUGUGUAAAAUGUGUUUUUAAAGUCUGUGGUGAGUUCUAAUCUAACAGGCUUUUUUUCUUUUUGCAGCUAACAGAAUUUUAUUGUGACUUUAUUUUUUUAUUUUGCCCCUUCCUGAAGUUACACAUUAGAUCUUUUUUCUUUUAUCAAACUUUGAAGUUUUAUGCAAAUAUUUUGAAGAAUGCAGCUCAGAUAAGUCUUUAAAAAUGCCAAAUAAAUAAACUAAUAAGCACUGA